AGAAAGGGAGGGAGAGAGAAGGAGGACUUCUGGACACAGCAUUGUAGUGAGGAAAGUGAAUCAGGAUCCUUUUCGGAGAGCAGAAUAGUUUACCACUCUGAGUGCAGCAUUAGAGUCAGGCUCUGUGCCGGAGGCCCGGAGUCAGUGAGGGGCGUAUGAAAUACAGAGCUGUAUGACUGGGUGGCAGAGGCAGACAGUGUGUGGUUUACUGGGAGCUGUGGUAGAGAGCGCGGAGCAGUCGUACCAUCGGGACGGCGCUUACUGAAAGUGAUUACUCCGUGUCGGCGGUUAAUUCUGUGUGCGGAGAACCGGAGAGAGAUGGAGGAGUGGAUGGCAGCACUCAGGAGUGUCCAAAACAGGGAACAUUUUGAGUCAACCCAGUAUAGCAUGGACCAUUUCUCUGGUAUGCAUAACUGGUAUGCCUGCUCACACGCACGGCCAACCUACUGCAACGUCUGCAGAGAGGCGCUGUCAGGAGUCACGUCACACGGACUGUCCUGUGAAGUCUGUAAGUUCAAAGCCCAUAAACGCUGUGCAGUCAGAGCCACUAAUAACUGUAAAUGGACGACACUGGCCUCCAUAGGCAAAGACAUACUGGAGGACGAGGAAGGGAUCUCUAUGCCCCAUCAGUGGUUGGAGGGGAACCUGCCUGUCAGUGCUAAGUGCUCUGUGUGUGAUAAAACCUGUGGCAGUGUCCUCAGACUGCAGGACUGGCGUUGUCUCUGGUGUAAGGCCAUGGUCCACACAGCGUGUAAAGAACAGCUCUCUCCCAAAUGUCCCCUGGGCCAGUGUAAGGUGUCUGUCAUUCCCCCGACCGCCUUAAACAGCAUCGACUCUGACGGUUUUUGGAAGGCGACAUGCCCCCCGUCCUGUACCAGCCCUCUGUUAGUGUUUGUGAACUCUAAGAGUGGAGAUAACCAGGGGGUCAAAUUUCUGCGUCGCUUCAAACAACUGCUCAACCCUGCACAGGUCUUUGACCUCAUGAAUGGAGGACCACACCUGGGUUUGCGGCUGUUUCAGAAGUUUGACACAUUCCGUAUCCUGGUGUGUGGGGGAGAUGGCAGUGUGGGAUGGGUGUUAUCUGAGAUAGACACACUGACUCUCCACAAACAGUGCCAGCUGGGCGUGCUUCCUCUGGGCACGGGGAACGACCUGGCGCGGGUUUUGGGCUGGGGGUCGGCCUGUGAUGAUGACACACAGCUGCCUCAGAUUCUGGAGAAACUGGAGCGAGCCAGCACCAAAAUGCUUGAUAGGUGGAGUAUUAUGGUCUAUGAGACUAAGUUUCCACGGCAACAUUCCAGCUCCACUGUAACAGAGGACUACAGCGAGGACUCAGAGGUACAGCAGAUUCUAACAUACGAGGAUUCUGUAGCUGCUCAUCUGUCUAAGAUUCUGACCUCAGAUCAGCACUCUGUCGUCAUCUCCUCUGCCAAGGUUCUGUGUGAGACAGUGAAGGACUUUGUGGCUCGUGUGGGCAGAGCUUAUGAGAAAAACACAGAGAGUUCUGAGGAGUCAGAAGCCAUGGCAAAGAAGUGCGGUAUUCUGAAGGAGAAGUUGGACUCCUUACUGAAGACUCUAAAUGAGGAGGCUCAGGCCACCAGUGUCAUGGCAACGCCGCCUCCAACCAUCGCCGAGGAGCAGGAGGGGGAAGAGUGUGUUCCACUGCACCCCCACCCUCCCCCACCCACCUCACCAAGACCCACACCCGCCAUCUUCAAACCCAGAGAACAGCUGAUGCUACGAGCUAACAGUCUGAAAAAAGCUAUCAGACAGAUUAUUGAACACACGGAGAAAGCGGUCGAUGAGCAGAAUGCCCAGACUCAGAAUGUGUUUGGACUGGGCUCAGAUGAGGCAGAGGAGGAUGAUGAAGAGGAUAAACUGUCUGUGCAGUCGUCCUACAGCGCCAAGCCACGCCCUGUCCGCAGAGUGUCUAAGACGCCAUGUGAGAAACUCAUCAGUAAAGGAAGCUUGUCUUUAGGCAGCUCUGCAUCACUUCCUGUGCAAACAGGAAGCAGGGAAAACAUGCCAAUGCUCAACACCAAGAUACUGUAUCCUGGUUUAAGGGCUGGUAUGUCAGGCUCUCUCUCCAGUAGUUCUGUCAUCAGCAGACUCCUCGUAAACGCUGACCCAUUUAACUGUGAUCCAGAAAACCUUGACUGCUACACUGAGAAAUGCGUAAUGAAUAAUUAUUUUGGGAUUGGGUUGGACGCCAAGAUCUCACUGGACUUCAAUAACAAGAGAGAUGAGCAUCCAGAAAAGUGCAGGAGUCGAACGAAGAACAUGAUGUGGUAUGGAGUUUUGGGAACCAAGGAGCUACUGCACCGCACCUACAAGAACCUGGAGCAAAGAGUACUGUUGGAGUGUGAUGGUCGGCCAAUUCCGCUUCCGAGUUUGCAGGGUAUUGCUGUGCUGAACAUUCCAAGCUACGCAGGUGGGACCAACUUUUGGGGCGGGACUAAAGAGGAUGAUACCUUCACCGCUCCCUCCUUCGAUGAUAAGAUCCUGGAGGUGGUGGCUGUGUUUGGCAGUAUGCAAAUGGCUGUGUCACGGGUCAUAAACUUACAACACCACCGCAUCGCACAGUGUCGGACGGUGAAGAUCACCAUUCUGGGGGAUGAGGGCGUACCUGUACAGGUGGAUGGGGAGGCCUGGAUUCAGCCACCUGGCUACAUCCGAAUCAUCCACAAGAAUCGCACUCAAACCCUCACCAGAGACAGGGCUUUUGAGAACACCCUGAAGUCAUGGGAGGACAAGCAGAAGUGUGAGUUUCCUCGUCCACAGCCCCAGCACGCACUACUGCCUGAGAUUGUCUCUGAGGAGGAGUCUGCUCAGAUCAACCAGUUUGGCCAGGCGGCUGGUGCGCUCAUUCACAGUAUUAGAGAGAUAGCACAAUCUCACCAGAGUCUGGAACAAGAGCUCGCCCAUGCAGUCAACGCCAGCUCCAAAGCCAUGGAUGUCGUCUAUGCCAACUCCAAAAGCAGCGGGGGUUUGACGUGCAGUACUGUAGCUCAGAUGGUGAGUAAUGUGAAGGCUCUUCACAGUGAGACAGAGCUGCUGCUGGCGGGCAAAAUGUCACUGCAGUUGGAUCCUCCUCAGCGUGAGCAGCUGUCGGCUGCGUUGGACAGUGUCGGGCUGCAGCUGCGUGGACUGGAGGACAUCAGCUGGCUCAGCCCUGUGAUCGAACCAGGAGACGACGAGGGAAAUCUGACGGACUUUUCUAAGCGUGGUCGUAGUGCAAAGUUCCGCCUGGUGCCUAAAUUCAAAAAGGACAAAAAUAACAAGAACAAAGAGACGUGUGCCACUCUCAAUUUACCAGUGCAGCAGUGGGGUACGGAGGAGGUGGGUGCCUGGCUGGAGUUUCUCUGUCUGUCUGAAUAUAAGGAGAUAUUUAUUGGGCAUGAUGUUCGUGGGGCAGAGCUACUUCACCUGGAGAGGAGAGAUCUAAAGGAUCUGGGCGUGACGAAGGUUGGUCAUAUGAAGCGAAUCCUUCAGGGUAUCAGAGAGUUGAGCAGAAACAGCACAGCCAGCGAAGCCUAGCGUCUGUUCUCUAUGCCUGCGUCUGUGUGUGUCGGUGAGACCAACCCAAGCCACCCCAAACCGCACACAGCCAAUCACCUCACAGGGACCAACAGAGUCAUCACCCAUGACAACCAAUCACAGUGCCUUCACCCUCCCACCUCUGUGACAUCAGCAUUAGGAGAAACCAAUUUCACUGUAGCAGAAAGGUGCUGAUGAAUGAAAGGGCAUAUGGACAUUAUCAGUGUGGGGCGGGGCCACGGGGCCCCUGUGGUACAGACGGAGCGAGAACAGAAAGACUAAGUGGUGGAAAUGACAGCCUGUCAGUGCACCUGGCGUGAAGCGCUCAGCAGACUGUUUGUCUCAGAUUAAUAAUCUGGGAUUAUGCUCUGUGGAUUACGCAGAUCUGUUUCACCCCACCAUCACUGCCACUGGAUCAUGGAUACA